AUGAAUCCCCAGUCCGACCACCCAGGAGCCGGCAACGACGCCCGUCGCCAGCGCGGCUCCUCCUCCGCGGCGCCCUCCGGCGCCUCCGACAGCGAAAAUGGCGGCAGCGCGCCAUCCAGCACAGACACAAUGGUGAAGAAGAUGGUGCGGCUAGCGCUGGCGAGCGAGUACGCGCGCCUACCUAUCCGGCGGAGCGACAUCAGCGCCAAGGUCCUGGGCGAGCAGGGAGCGCGGCAGUUCAAGACUGUGUUUGAGCUGGCGCAGCGCGAACUGAGGCAGCAUUUUGGUAUGGAGAUGACCGAGUUGCCGGCUAGGGAGAAAGUUACUAUUACACAGCGACGGGCCGCGCAGAAAACCGAGAAACCCUCCUCAACGAACAAAUCCUGGAUGUUAACCACGACCCUCCCGCAAGGGUACCGCACUCCCACAAUCCUCACCCCAACACGCGCCCCCUCCUCCGCAACAGAAAGCACCUACACGGCCCUGUACAGCUUCAUCAUCGGCGUGAUCUCGCUAAACGGCGGCUCGCUCGCCGAGCAAAAACUCGAUCGGUAUCUCGCCCGCACAAACGCAGACACCUACACGCCCAUCGACAAGACAGAUAAGCUGCUCCAACGGCUGUGUCGCGAGGGGUAUCUCGUUCGCACGCGCGAGAUGGACGGCGGCGAGGAGGUGGUCGAGUAUAUGGUUGGGCCGCGCGGCAAAGUCGAGGUUGGGGCGAGUGGUGUUGCGGGGAUGGUGAAGCGGGUUUAUGGACGGGAUGGCGGCGAUGGUAACAGGGAGCUGGCGCAGUGGGAGAUUGAGGAGAAUGAGGAGUUUGAGAAUCGGUUGAAGAGGAGUCUGGGCGUUGUGGACUUGCGGAGGGACCAUGCUGAGGAAGAGAGUGCGCUGGAUGGUGGUGCUGCGGCUAAUGGGACUGGAAAUGAGACUGGGCAUGGUGUGGAGGACGCAAGGAGGCAGAGCCAGUCGAGGAGGUCGUCGAGGAGGUCGUCGAGACGUGCUACUACGGGUGCGAGGGAGGAGUCUUCGAGUGAAGAAGACGAGUCGGAGGAUGAGGAUGAUAGUGAUUAA